AUGUCUCAAGAAUUUACUUUCGCCGAGGUUGCGAAGCACAACACCAAGAAGGAUAUCUUCCUGGUCAUCCACGAUAAGGUCUACGAUACCACCAGCUUCGUUGACGAGCACCCAGGUGGAGAGGAGGUCCUUCUCGACGUUGCCGGACAAGAUGCCACUGAGGCUUUCGAGGAUGUUGGACACAGCGACGAGGCCCGCGAGAUCCUGACUGGCAUCGAGGUCGGCACCCUGAAGCGCAUGCCCGGCGACCCGGCACCAAAGGCCCAGCCAUCCUCCACCACCGUCCAGCCCGCCGCGACCGGCAUGGGCAGCGUAGCCCUCUACUUCAUCCUGGUGACUGGUGGUGCGGCCGCGUUCUUCGCCUACAAGUACCUCCAGGCCCAGCAGUCGCAACAAUAAAUUUCUUGACGGCGACAAUGGCGGCGCCGGGGGCGCGUGACGGGAUAUAUGAGGGGGGAUGGGGAGGAUGGGGGAGGGAGGACUGGGAUGGGAUGGGCGCAUGCGAGGGUUUAUACACGUUGAGCAAGCGCACAUGGCCAUGAACGCGAGCGAUUUAGCAGCACACAAAAGGCACACUUGAUGCGCUUUCAUCUUAGAUAGUGUAAUAGACUUGGGAUUUCUUUUAGACCGAUUUCCUUCCUUUGAUUGGGAUUUAUUAGGUGCCGCUGGGAGACCGGGAGGCUGGUGCCGAGGAGGGCUAAAUAUCAGACGUACACACAA